GCACAAUUUUGAAAGCAAAACCGAGAGGAACACGCAGCAAUCGACGGCGGCGGACAUUUAGAUAGCGGCGAGCGUAGCAGCGGAACGACCCGAUGGACCCGAUCAUUUCCACCCCACGACUGAAGCUAAGUCUUGUCACGAAAGCGGAAAGAGGAAGUCCAGAGUUCGAAUGGCUUCAUGCACUGCACAGCGACGAGAAGGCUACGUGGUGGAGCAUCGUUGGCCGGGCGAAGUCUAUGGAAGACACGGAGAAGGUCAUGAAAGGUUAUCUGCCCACCACUGAAGGAGAAGAGAAGGCAUACAGAGUCGCCUAUGCUAUACACAGCAUCCCGGACUCGAGGGACGGCUCUGUUGAAGGCCAACCGCAACCCACAGAGCAAGAGGGCAAACCAACGCAAUUCGUAGGCCUCAUAACUCUGAAAUCACUAGGUGCUCACGGGCUUGCGUUACCGGAGGACCUAACGCUGCCCGCCGCAGCUGCGAGCACGACACUGACCGUCGAACUGGCCUAUAUGUUCCUACCCUUCGCAUGGGGUAAGGGGUACGCAACCGAAUCGGUGGCAGCAGUAUUUGAGGCCUGCAAGAGGGCACGAUCUUUUUGGGCACCCUAUGAGAAAAUUUAUGUCAGAGCGAUCGUGAAUGGGGGUAAUCCAAAAAGCUUCCGAGUGAUGGACAAAACUGGAAUGAAGAGACGCGGGAUAUACAAGUGGACUGGGAAAAUUUUCCUCGCUGGGGAAUGGAGGACGCAGGAUGAUCUUCAUAUUUUUGGGAUGCAUCUGUUGGAGUGAGACUGUGCAAGACAAGGUACUACGUCCUUUCUUCUUUAUAUUUACUUCUCUAUAUUACCACAGAUACAGGAAAUCGACUCAAAACAUCGAAGAGCGCUAGUAUUGGGCUCGUUUUUUUCGCCGGAAACACAGU